AUGUCAUCCGAACCAGAUGGAGAGCAUCAGCCUCAGAGCUUGCAAGAUGCGACUAGGCAUCUUGAGGCAGUUGCGUUCGUGCCUUCCAAGCAACGGUACACAGAUGCCGGCGAGCUGGGCAAAAUCAUCGCUUCUCACGCCUACGAGAGCGGGAUCCCUUCGGUGACCCUUGAGCGUUUGGUCAAGGUCCUCACGGCUAGGAGUCAACUGGAUCAAGGCACAACCACUACGCUGAUCAAGAACCUGUACCCUUCAGAGCGGGUGCCGUCUAAAAUAGUCACGCAGGUUGUCUGCUGUCUCGGUCCUAGCAAGACCAAACCCGCUCCUGCAACGCAGGCUUUGUUAUUGCGAUGGCUCAUUCUGGUUUAUGACUUCCUCGAUGAAAAGGCCCACCUAGCAAAGCUUUAUGCAGUGCUGUUCAAUUAUCUUGAAAUGAUAAGCCUGCGUAAACCAUUGUGUCAUUUACUGUCCCUCAUCACCAGACGGAAACAUGUGAAACCUUUCAGAAUCCAUUCUCUUAUGGAACUGGUUGCCAGUUCUGGUGGGGACGAGAAGGAACUGUUCACUCUACUGAAGACGUUCAAGAACUAUUACCCCGAUGUUAUCGUGGGAGAUCUGGGCGUGUCUGGCAGGAAGGCGCUAUUUUUCAAGCACCCAGACCCCGAGUGGUCCGGCCAUGUAAGGCACCUCCAUGAUACUAAUUUAGAAAGAACGCAGGCGUUUCAGCCUUCCACAUUCCAGGUGAUCCAUCGUGGGUUGACGAAGAGGAGCAAACUGGAGGUGGUCGUCCCGGUUAUGCAGACAUCUCGGGUAUCAUUCAAUCACACAUCUUUAGAAGAAUUGCGGGAUGUUGGCCACUUUGUUGAGAAGCUGGACAAGAUCGAGCUGCCUAACCAGAUAAUCUCUACCCUCGGAGAUAACAUGGCCCAAAAAUAUCUUCAUUUGGCCCAGCCGGAAGCUGCAGGCCGUCGAUUGGACGAUUGGCUAAAAGCCUUUCUAGUCGACAAAAUAGAGAGUACUCAGGAUGGUGAAGAUGACGAAAACGAGUCCCUAGGCUACGUAUUGAGUCUCUUGGUUGAGUAUGUACGAUACACAAAGGAUAUGCCGCCGAUGAUCAUUUCGGUCUUGAAAACCUACCUGCGUUCUUGGAACGGUGCAGACCACAAGGAGCAAAUCUUUGCCCUCCUGGAGUAUAUUCCAAUGGGCGAGUACGAGACCAUACGAGCCGAGUUUCUAUCACGGUUGGAAGUGGCGGUCCGACAUGCGUCCCCGACGCAGAACAAUUUGCUUGAUUUUUACUCUUCUUUGAUUCGUCAAUGGGGAGUCAGUCUGAGAGCACAGCCCUUCACCCUGGAGGAAUCAAAGCCUCUAGCUCAUCUUAUCUCACAUGCGGAGCUUUUGGCACUAUCAGUACUCGAAUAUUCAGCAGCACUGCAACAGCCCCAUAGCGCCGGAACGGAGAACUCAAAACCAAACACAUUGUCGGUUCUCGAGCUCUAUUGCGUCCUAGGCGAACUAUUUUCUCAUGCGGCUCAGAACGGUAGCAUUCGCCUCACCAUCCCUCUGGCUCCCACGGUCUAUUCCCUUGUUUUAACACCAAUCAGCUCGGUGAUUUCCAUCUUCAGCUCGGUCCUUGCCAAAUACAAGUCAGCCUUCGAAGCCUCCUUGACUUCUAAAGUGCUCCAAACCCCGACAUCUACCGAUUCACUCUACCCUACACAGCUCGUGGGCCAGUUCAAUGGCUAUAUCAUGGACAUUUGCAACCUUGUUUGGCGAAACCGUGGGUUCAACUUGGAAGAUCCAAAUGCGCUGGGCUGCUUGAUGCCGAGUCCCACUACCAACGCACUUGCAAGAUACAUUCGCGAGGUGAACGAUGUGUCGAAAGAAAGCAACCCCGAGGCCGCAUUUGGGUACAAUGUAGCGUCGGCCUCCUCCCUUAGUCACCACGUUGCAUUGUGCAACAUGUCCACCGCUUGCUUUGCCGAUAUAGAAGAGGAGAACAGCGUCAGCGAAGACCAGCCACGACUGAAGAGGCCUGUGACUCAAAAAGCACUGAGUGCUUUGGAGAAGGACGGUGGUAUCAAGAUCCCUUGGCAGGAAUAUAGAAUAAGGAUGCUCGAUUGGUUAGACGCGACGGGAAGUGUUGGGAUUGGAAACUUGAUGCGCAGCACAAUGAAGGCAUUGCGAAAGGAUUGA